CCGCCGGCCUUCCCGCUUGCCGCCGCCGCCGCCGCCGCCAUGGGAGUGCAGGGCUUCCAGGACUACAUCGAGAAACACUGCCCAAGCGCCGUGGUCCCGGUGGAGCUGCAGAAGCUGGCUCGGGGCAGCCUGGUGGGCGGCGGCCGGCAGCGGCCCCCGCAGACGCCGCUGCGCCUCCUCAUCGACGCCGACAACUGCCUGCACCGCCUUUACGGCGGCUUCUACACGGACUGGGUGAGCGGCGGCCAGUGGAACCACAUGCUCGGCUACCUGGCGGCACUGGCCAAGGCUUGCUUCAACGGCAACAUCGAGCUCUUCGUCUUCUUCAACGGCGCCCUGGAGAAGGCCCGGCUGCACGAGUGGGUCAAGCGGCAGGGCAACGAGCGCCAGACCGCGCAGCAGAUCGUCAGCCAUGUCCAGAACAAGGGCACGCCGCCGCCCAAGGUCUGGUUCCUGCCGCCGGUCUGCAUGGCCCAUUGCAUCCGCCUGGCCCUCAUCCGCUUCCACAUCAAGGUUGCACAGAGCAUUGAGGAUCAUCAUCAAGAAGUAAUUGGUUUCUGCAGAGAAAAUGGUUUCCAUGGCUUGGUGGCAUAUGACUCUGAUUAUGCAUUGUGCAACAUCCCCUACUAUUUCAGUGCCCAUGCCCUAAAACUGAGCCGAAACGGGAAAAGUCUCACAACAAGCCAAUAUCUGAUGCAUGAAGUUGCCAAGCAACUGGACCUGAAUCCAAAUCGUUUUCCUAUUUUUGCUGCUUUAUUAGGUAAUCACAUUCUACCUGAUGAAGAUUUGGCUUCUUUUCAUUGGAGUUUACUUGGUCCAGAACAUCCACUAGCAUCACUUAAGGUACGGGCUCACCAGCUAGUUUUACCACCCUGCGAUGUAGUGAUCAAAGCUGUUGCUGACUACGUCCGUAAUAUCCAGGAUACCACUGAUUUGGAUGCCAUAGCUAAAGAUGUUUUUCAGCAUUCACAGUCUAGAACAGAUGACAAAGUUAUUCGGUUUAAGAGAGCAAUUGGAUAUUAUUCAGCAACUAGUAAGCCUAUGUCAUUUCAUCCACCACAUUACUUAGCCAGACCAAAUCAAUUUGGAAUGCCUGGGAUAGUGCCACCGUAUGUUCCCCCUCAGAUGCUCAACAUUCCACAGACCUCUCUACAAGCAAAACCUGUGAUGCCAAGCCCAGGUGGUGCUCCGGGUCAGGGUCCAUACCCAUAUAGCCUCUCUGAGCCGGCUCUCACUUUGGAAACAAGUGGAAAGAAUUUGGCUGAGCAGAACAACUAUAGUAACAUUCCUCAUGAAGGGAAACAUACUCCAUUGUAUGAACGAUCCUCUCCAAUAAAUCCAGCUCAAAGUGUCAGUCCGAACCAUGUGGAUUCAACUUAUUUUCCUGGUUCUUCUACAUCAUCAUCCUCAGAUAAUGAUGAAGGCAAUGGAGGAGCUACAAACCAUAUCAGUGGGAACAAAAUUGGCUGGGAGAAGACAGGAAGCCACUCAGAACCUCAAGCACGUGGAGACCCAGGAGACCAAACAAAGGCAGAAGGUUCUUCCACUGCCUCUUCAGGAAGCCAGAUAGCUGAAGGAAAAGGGAGCCAAAUUGGCACCGUACAACCAAUUCCCUGCCUUCUGUCCAUGCCCACCAGGAACCACAUGGAUAUUACCACACCUCCAUUACCCCCUGUUGCACCUGAAGUAUUGAGAGUGGCAGAACACAGGCACAAGAAGGGGCUAAUGUAUCCCUACAUCUUUCAUAUCCUGACAAAGGGUGAAAUCAAAAUUGCUGUUUCUAUUGAAGAUGAAGCCAACAAAGACCUGCCUCCUGCCGCCCUGCUCUAUAGGCCAGUUCGUCAGUAUGUUUACGGAGUCCUGUUUAGUUUGGCAGAAAGCAGAAAGAAAACUGAGAGACUUGCUUUUAGAAAGAACAGACUUCCUCCAGAAUUUUCACCAGUGAUAAUUAAAGAAUGGGCAGCUUACAAAGGAAAGUCUCCUCAAACCCCUGAACUGGUGGAAGCUCUUGCGUUCAGGGAAUGGACCUGCCCCAACCUGAAGAGACUCUGGCUGGGGAAGGCAGUCGAGGAUAAGAACCGUAGGAUGCGAGCCUUCCUGGCCUGCAUGCGAUCAGAUACACCAGCCAUGCUUAACCCAGCAAAUGUGCCCACUCACCUCAUGGUGCUCUGCUGUGUCUUACGAUACAUGGUGCAGUGGCCGGGAAUGCGGAUAUUGCGUCGACAGGAGCUUGAUGCCUUCCUGGCUCAGGCACUAUCCCCCAAACUUUACGAGCCUGAUCAACUCCAGGAGCUUAAGUUUCACAUGCCAAGUGCAGAAUAUAAAAGAUGGAAAAUGAAGAGCUUUAAAGACAGUAUUAGGGACGUGCAUCAUGUCUGUGAUACCUGUAAGAAUUAUUUUGCAUAUAGGUAAAUAUGACAAAUUAAGAGUCUGUUGCCCAGUAAUUAGAAGUUGAACAAAUUAACUGCACUGAAAAUUGCUUCUUUAGCUAAUUGGGCUGAGAUUAAAUUUCAUACUUGUAUUUCCUAUAAAGUCAGAAUUUUUGUCUUUGUUUCUCUACUUGAGGAACCCUGGAUAAUAUUUUAUCUUAGUUGUUAUAAGAGAAUGAGGUUAGAGUGUGAAUAUUGCAACUAUCUCUGCAAUCAAGGAUUCAGAUUCUGAUUCUAUAUGAGUACCAGUUUUGUGGCCUUGAGCUCUUUGUGACUCAGUUUCUUUAUAAGAUGAAAUAUUAAUAAUAGUACUUAUAAGGUUAAUGACAGAAGUAAAUGAGAUAGUACAUGUAAAAAUGCUUAGAGUAGUGUCUGAUACAUAUUUAGAAAUUUCCCCAGACAUAUUAGAUAUUAUUAUCUGUAUAAUUAACACUUAGGGAAAGAAAUACUCAAAAAAUUACAAAACACUGUGUAGUGUAACUUUUUUUUUUUUUUAAUUCUAGAGUGAGACAAAAUCUACACACCAGUUGAGAUUUUAUCCACAUUGCUUAAAAACAGCUUUUAUUUUGAGGAAUUUUCUUUGUUAAAAUAAUGAUGGUUUUUAAUACUAAAAUGGCAAAUUGUUUUAAAACUGUAAACAUCAUUUUUUAAAACCCAUAAAAGCUCACAUCCUCAGCUAAUGUUGAGGUCAUUUAAAAAGCAUAUAUAUGUGAAAAAUCCAGACUUCUCCAUUCCUCCUGUCGGCAAAUUUGUAUAAUAGUUCUAACUAGGGCGCUUCCGUGUCCAUAAGCAUCUGCUGUUGUUUCUUAAACUUAGUGCACAGGUAGCUCUUUGCUCAGAAAAUGGCUUGAGUUUUCUUCAUUAAAUAAGUGUUUGACUAUGGAUGUAACAAACAACAAGAAACUAGAUGCUGCUUCAUGUUUUCAUGGAAGGAAAUGUUUAGCAUUUUUGUUAAAACAUUUGAACAGCAAGCAUCUCUAGAGCAACAUCAGUUCAGUCAUUUCCUUUCCUUAAUCCAUGGUCCAGAUUCUCCUUUCUCUGUGGGGUAGUGUGCUGGGUGGAGGGGGCGCUGAGGCCUGGGAGACUUGGGUCAGCCCCAGGUCCUGCCUCUGUCAGCCUCUGUCAGCCUCUGUAUGUGCAGGAGCACUGGGCCUGUUAGCCUGCUUGCCUUCACCUGUGAGCCGGAGGAGAGGCACAGCUCACGGUGCUGGGAGGCAGUGACUUUGUCAGUAGGAAAGUGACCUGCCUGGGAGGAACCACUGUUCCCACUCCUGCAGAGAGAAGGCCCUGAGAAGAGCACAGAUACUGAUUUUCCCAGCAUGAGGGGAGCAGGGUCCUGUGAGGCAGCCUGCAUUUAUUUCUUGCCCUUCCCCUCAAGCUCACAAGCUAGCGUUUGUCUUCCUACUUUAAAAUCAGCUAUGAAAAGGGUGGAGGGUCAGCUUUGAGAGAGAGGGAGACUCCCUUUUCCUGCCUUGAGAUUUUAUAUAAGAGAUGAGGAAGAGCAUUUCUUUCUUCGGCAUCUCAGUAACAGGGUAGGGCUACUCUGGAAUCUAAAUAAAUCAAGGGGGGUUGUUAUUAUUUAAUUUUGAUCCAGUCUGACCCUCUCUUUCUCCACUUUCUGCUCAUAAAUUUAAAAAUGCAUCUUAUACCAUCACCUUAACUCCCACCUGCCCUUAACUGACAAUUUUUUAACUUUUCAACAGCUACAUGCGAAAACUAGCAGCCAGCACUGCAUAAUGGGAUUGGGGAUACAGAUAGAUGGUGUUUAUAAAUAUGUGAACAUUCUUCUCCAGGUUUUGGAAGUUCUUAACUACAUUGACUUUAAAAACAAAAAUUUUGGACACCACGGUGUUAGCUGGUAAUGGGGAACGCUGACACUGAUAGCACAGAACAGCAGGCAGUCACAGAGUCAUUCCUGUUUGGCCCUGGAAUGAUCUUGUUUCUCUUUAGUGAAAAGCCACUUUGCCUGCUGUGACCAGGCAUGGCUUAGAUAAAACCCCAUAAAGACAGCAUUUUUGAGAAGCCUUCAUCUUAGAAUAUAAGCAUGGAAAGUAGGAAGACCAGAAUCAGAAUAGAGUUAAAACUUUGCCCCGGAUAAUCCACAAACUAGGCCUUCAUGUACACACAAUCAAGAGUUGACUGUAUUUCUGUUAGUGCUUAUUAUCCUGCUCAUUGUGUGCUAGGAGAGGGGGUUAUAAGCAAGGCAGACACCUAGCACUCGUUCCUGAGUGAAAAAGAACCGUGAAAUAGAAAUUUAUGCUGGGUUAUAAUAUUGUGCAUUGUGAUAUUUUUGUUGUUGCGUUCUUUCAUUUAUAAGCUAUCCAUUUCUCCUAAAACAUUUUGGCAGUCUCAUUAAUAAGUUGCUGUCUUAAACAUUAAUAUAAAAUAACAUAACUAUAAAGUACAGUUUUAUUUUAGAAUGUAACUGUACCAUGUAAUCUUUUAACAUAACUACUUGAAAAAUGCAGAAUCUUAGAGUGUUCCUUUUUACAACCUUUGUGUUAAUAUGUUACCAGUGUUUAGAAUCUGAAGUGUAAAAUUUUAUUUCAUAAGUGAAUAGUGAGAUUCUUAACUGCUAAGGAGACUAUUAAUAAUUUAUUACCUUGUCAUGUGUUAACCUUAAAUAUAGUAUUACUUUAACUGGUGUAAUGCUUUACAAAUUCCAAACUGAAAUAUUCCAGUAUGUUUAUAAUCCAUUCUCUUGGAUUUAAAUUUGUCAAAUAACAUAAAUAGUACUUCUGUUCAAAUAAGGCAAAUGCUGGAUUAAAGUAAUGCUAGGACUUCUACUUAGUGGUGGUGUUUUGUUGAGGAAUAGUCUCUGUUAACCUUGGAGAGUUGUAAUGAAAAUUUGAAAGACUUAAAUACUAUAGUACUCUUA